AUGUCUUCCACCCUUCUUCGCCUGCUUGGCCUCGCUGGCACGGCCCAAGCAGUGUGUUCCAACUUCGUCAUCGACAACUUUUCCAGGCCCGCCGUCGGUGGAAACAACAAACUCAAGUCGUGGACUAGCGACGACUCGUCCAUGGCAGACAUAGCCAUCAAGAGCGGUGUACUUUCUUUUACGCCCAAGACUGACAGCUCCUCAUACUACUAUGAGACUCUCGGCUGCGUCAAGGCCGCCUCCAAGGGUUACAAGGCCUUGUCCCUGACCAUGAAUGGGCCCAAGGACGCUUCCGUCAUGUUGGAAAUUCAAACCAAGGCCUCUUGCACUGACACCAACUACCAGAGCCAAUGGGUUCAGAUCACUGGGCUGACUGGCUCAGCCCAGAACAUCUCCAUUGCACUCUCUUCGUUCACUACCGCUAACCUGGAUGCCGUAUCGGGCUUCGUCUGGUCUACGUACUCCGUCUUCGACAAAUACCAGCUUAGCAAUUUGCAGUUCACUUGCGAUGAUGGGUUGAACCCUCCCGCUUCAACGGCUCUCACCACCUCUCAAUCUGAUUCUACUUCAUCUUCUGUUAUUUCGGCUUCGACCAUUGCCACCCUCUCUUCUAGCACGGCAUCAUCUUUUGCUACAUCGCUCGUCGCCCCGUACGUCUACUUCCUCUUCACGCACAAGCACAAAAACAAGCUCAAGCACCUCGACCUCUCCGACGUCGAUUUCAUCUUCGUCCGCCUCGAAAUCGUCUUCGAGAUCAACUUCCCUAACGUCAUCUUCAGCAGCUCUAUCUUCGGCUACUUCAUCGUCCUCUACAGCUAUGUCGUCCUCGGCCACGUCAAUCUCGGCUACGGCUGUCUCGACAGUUUCCAGGUUAUCUACCAGCAACUCAAUCAUCUCUGGUACCGUCACCGCUCCGUCGUCGCCAUCCUCUUCGACUUGCAGCAACCUCCUGAUUGA